AUGACAAAACAGGCUCUCUUCUUCUCCCUAUCAAUUUUACUUGUAUUACUCUUCCAUUGCAUCACAACUUUAGGCCAGCCCGCUGCAGCACCAGUCCAGCCAGCAAAUGCACCAGUUCAGCCUGCAAAGGCUCCAGUCCAGCCUGCCACUCCACCAGUAGUUCAGCCUGCCAAGGCCCCAGCCCCAGUCCAGUCUGCCAAGGUCCCGCCCACAAAGAAAGGUGUCCCCGAUGUCACCAAAAUCCUUGCAAAGGCUGGAGGGUUCUCAGUCUUUAUCCGCCUCUUAAAAAGUACUGGAGUAUCUGACCAAUUAUACGGCCAGCUCAACAAUUCAAAUAAUGGCUUUACCAUCUUUGCUCCUACUGAUGCUGCAUUUUCCAGCCUCAAAGCGGGCACUAUAAACUCAUUGUCCGACCUGCAAAAGACCCAACUAGUACAAUUUCACAUAUUAAACACAGUAGUUACUCUGUCAAAUUUCCAAACUCUGAGCAAUCCAGUGCCCACAGAGGCCGGAGAUGCUGGUGAGUUCCCACUAACCGUGACCACUGCUGGCAACCAAGUGAACAUCUCUAGUGUUCUUGUUAAUACCACGUUGGGUGGAACUGUGUAUUCGGAUAGCCAGCUUGAUAUUUAUCAAGUGGAUCAAGUGCUUCUUCCUCUUGACAUUUUUAAUCCUAAGCCAAAGCAUAAGGCACCAGCCUCGGCACCAACAUUGUCAAAGCCUAAGUCUUUGAACAAUGGUGCAGAUGCAGAUGCAGAUGCAGAUGCAGACACUCCUUCUGUUGCUGCAAAAGUGGAUGAGUCUGGAGCACUGGGUCUCAAGAGGCAUGGAAAUGGAAUAUUGAUGUCCAUUGGAGCUGCUCUAGUUGCAUUCAUUGUCACGAAGGGACUUUGA